UACCUAGGGUUCAUUUAGUCCUAGUAGAAAAGUUAGCCAGCGCUAAGUGCCGCCCUGUAGAGUACCUAAUUGAAAGAACCGGACACGAAUUAAGUUGUGUUAGACGGAAGUUCGAAGAUGCCAAGGUGGAAGUAAGUGAAUAUUAACGAACUCAUCAUUCAGACGCAGACAUAACGUUUCCAUUACAGGAAAAAGGAUAGUCAUAGUAUCCUAUUGUUUUCUAUUUAUCAUGGCGGGACUGGAGGAAUUGAAAAAGAAGCUUGUACCAUUGUUUGAUGCUGAGAAGGGCUUCUUAUCAGGGUCAAGCUUGAACCCUUCUGAUUCGUAUAUGCUAUCAGAUAAUGGAACUGUAAACUUAUUGAGCCAAUCUUAUGGUGUAUACAACAUUAAUGAGCUUGGAUUACAAAAGUGCACGUCAUGGCCGUUGGAUGAUACAGAUCAUAGUGAAAAGACAUAUAGAUGUGCUUCCCAUGAGAUGAGGAUUUUUGGAGCCAUAGGUAGUGGUGCAAGCAGUGUUGUUCAAAGAGCUAUUCAUAUACCCAAUCAUAGAAUUAUUGCCUUGAAGAAGAUUAAUAUUUUCGAAAAGGAGAAAAGGCAGCAGCUUCUUACAGAGAUAAGAACACUGUGCGAAGCACCUUGCUAUCAGGGUCUCGUGGAAUUUUAUGGAGCUUUUUAUACUCCAGAAUCUGGACAAAUAAGCAUAGCUUUGGAGUACAUGGAUGGAGGGUCUCUAGCGGAUAUUAUAUGCGUGCGAAACUGUAUACCAGAACCAGUUCUUUCAUGUAUGGUUCAGAAGCUCUUGCAUGGUCUAAGUUAUUUGCAUGGAGUAAGACAUUUAGUUCACAGAGACAUAAAGCCAGCAAAUUUGCUUGUAAAUCUCAAGGGGGAGCCAAAAAUAACAGAUUUUGGUAUAAGUGCUGGAUUAGAGAAUUCAAUGGCAAUGUGUGCUACUUUUGUUGGAACUGUUACAUACAUGUCACCUGAGCGAAUUCGAAAUGAGAAUUAUUCCUAUCCGGCUGAUAUUUGGAGCCUUGGGCUUGCACUUUUUGAGUGUGGCACGGGAGAAUUUCCAUACACCGCUAAUGAAGGACCUGUAAACCUAAUGUUGCAGAUCCUGGAUGAUGCAUCUCCAUCACCAUCAAAGCACAACUUUACUCCAGAGUUUUGUUCAUUUAUUGAUGCUUGCCUGCAGAAAGAUGCAGAUGCAAGGCCAACGGCAGAGCAGCUUCUUUCACACCCAUUUAUCACCAAGUAUGAGGAUGCUGGGGUGGACUUAGCUGCAUUUGUCCGAAGCAUUUUUGAUCCAACACAGAGGAUGAAGGAUUUGGCAGAUAUGCUGACAAUACAUUAUUACCUUCUUUUUGAUGGACCUGAUGACCUUUGGCAAUAUACAAAGGCUUUAUAUAACGAAUGUUCAAUUUUCAGUUUCUCUGGGAAAGAAUCUGUUGGCCCACCUGAUAUCUUUACAACUUUGUCAAAUAUUCGAAGUACGUUGGCUGGUGAAUGGCCUCCUGAAAAGCUUGUGCACGUUGUGGAAAAACUUCAGUGCCGUGCUCAUGGUCAAGAUGGAGUUGCAAUUCGUGUCUCAGGAUCAUUUAUUGUUGGGAAUCAGUUCCUGAUAUGUGGAGAUGGUGUACAAGUUGAAGGUUUGCCGAAUUUUAAAGAUCUUUCCGUUGAUAUACCUAGCAAGCGAAUGGGAACAUUUCAAGAGCAGUUCAUUAUUGAACCUGGGAAUGUCAUUGGCCGCUACUUCAUAGCUAAACAAGAGCUUUAUAUCAUCCAGUAGAAAAUAAAACCGUGAGGAUUAUUUCCAAAAAGAUCCUCAUUUUUGGUACUGGAAGAGCUCUGCGCUGACUAAUUCCUCUGGUACGGUCUGUAAUUCCACUUGUUAAUUACAUUUCAUUUUUAAUCUUUGAAUUUCUGUUGUGAAAAUGUAUUUGUAUAGACUGUUGAUUGCAGAGAUCAUGAGAAAUGGUAUAGGUGUUGUUGAAGUUUCAUCUUAUGUAUAGCCAAAAUAAUUCAUCUGAUACAGAACUCAUUCAAAUGUGCCCCUAAUAUUAUUGUGAUUGGGGGUUCUUGAAGAGCAAUUACUUAACAUCAUUUUGAUUGAAUUUGGCCUUCAACGUUCAAUCAUGUAAGUAUAUGCAAAUACAUUGCAAACAUGAUAAAUAAUUAACUACUUUGUUCAAUGG